AUGUUCUCCCUACCCUUGCCUGACGGGUACGACCCUGGUUCGACGAUUAUAGUCGAUGGAUUUCCAUCGAGUUUCUCGGUCAACGACUGCAAGAACUUUCUCUCGUGGUUUGGUCCGAUUAUCUACAUUGACAAGCUCACGCACCCAGACGGUGCCUUUUGUUAUGUCGUCGUAUUUGCGUCCCCGGUGCACGCGGAGCAGAUGCUAAAGCUCAAGACUAUCGCCAUUGAUUCGGGAAAUACAAAGAUUACUGUGCAGACACCUCAGGAAAUGGAGUCUAUAUGGAAUACUGUCGGAGAUAUGUUCAAUAAUGCAGGAUCGGUAAGUUUAAUGUGA